AUGCGCCUUCUACAAUGCAGCGAAAGUGGCAAGUUUAUCUUGACCAAGGACUUAAUUGAACCCGUCCCUCCAUUUGCUAUUCUUUCGCACACGUGGGCAGCAGAUACAGAGGAGGUGACCUACCGAGACAUUGUUGAAGGUCACGGCGAGACCAAGGCUGGUUACGACAAGAUUCGGUUUUGUGGGGAACGCGCAAAGUGCGACAACCUAGAAUACUUUUGGGUGGAUACUUGUUGUAUAGAUAGAUCGAGCAGUUCAGAGCUUGCAGAGGCUAUCAAUUCUAUGUUUCGGUGGUAUGGCAAUGCGGUCAAAUGCUAUGUCUAUUUGUCAGAUGUCUCGAGACCUACCUUAAACAUCGUCAACACGUCUGAAGAACCUCUUUGGGAGAAGCAAUUUCGCAACAGCAGAUGGUUUACUCGAGGUUGGACACUUCAAGAACUUAUUGCUCCACGGACAGUCGAGUUCUUCUCCAAGGAGCGCUGUCUUCUUGGAGACAAGAGAUCGCUAGAAGAAAUCAUUCAUGGUACAACCGGCAUUGCCCUCGAAGCUCUUCGAGGAGGUCGACCUUUGCAAGAGUUCGGUGUCGAUGAGCGCAUGUCAUGGGCGAAGCAUCGCAAUACGUCACGGCCAGAAGACGCAGCUUACUCUCUUUUGGGCAUCUUUGGUGUUUACAUGCCGCCCAUCUAUGGCGAGGGUCGAGGCGGGGCACUACGUCGCUUGUGGAAGGAGUUAGAAGAUCCAAGAUUCAAACAAUUCAGGUCGUCUUUCAAUGAUGCGCCUGUUGAUCUGCUCUCCGUUCAUUUUAUGGACCGCCAGCAAGAGCUGACUCAAUUACGAGAUGCUCAUCAAGUUUAUGGAGAGAACGGACCCGCUCGUUGUGCUAUCUGGGGCAUACCGGGUGUUGGUAAGACACAGCUAGCAAUUCGAUAUUCGAAAAUGUUCAUGGAAGACCCAACUGUGUCGGCAACACUCUGGGUGUCCUGUUCUACUUUAGAGAGGGUGCAUCAAGGCUUCUCGGAGAUGCUAGUCCUUAUCGACCAUCCCGAUCAAUUCAAACUGGAGCAUAAUGCGCGAAUUAUUGCAGCUCGUCGUUGGCUGGAACAACCGGAGGUCAGUGGGAUAUACCGUUGGCUCCUAGUCCUCGAUAAUGUUGACAUGACAACCGUCGAUUUUCUUCGCGAAAACUUACCACGACAAGGCAAACGAGGUCGAAUCCUUAUCACUACGCGCACUGAAGCCGUCGCUCAGGCUGUUUGCAGAGCUUCUGGAAGGUCGCAUCCACACUUCGAGGUCAAGCCGCCAACUGUGGAGGAUUCAGCUACCUUUUUCCUCAGAUCACUUGGAGUGAGCCCCAAAUCAUUGUCGAGUGUUGGCCAACGCCAAGUUGCCGACCUAAUGAAAAGUCUGGGAUGUUUACCUUUAGCUGUUGAGCAUGUUGCGUCUUUCAUGAGCCAAACAUCUCAGACUAUCGAUGUUUUCACGAGAUUGUAUCACGGCAAGCAGAAAUCCGAUUUUUUUGACUGGGAAAACUUGCUCUCAGCGUACGAAGUAAAGUCGAUCUCGAACAUUUUUAAGACUCAUCUUCUUGAUCUAAGACGAUCGAGUCCUGAGGUCUAUGGCCUUCUGAAUAUACUGGUGUUCUGGGACCCUGAAAAGAUCGAGUAUGAAACAAUUAGAAUGGGAGCUUCCUUUUUGCUUUCUUUAUCGGAGACGACCGAGACACCUUCGAAAUCGGAACAAAAGCGGCAUUGGACGCUAUGGUUUAUUCCGAGCCUGAUAAAAGCUCAUUGCUUUGGGUUCGCUUCCAACAGUCAAAGCUCUGUAAGGAUUGCCUCAAACCUGGUUCCGGCAAAAGAUGGGCUGCUAUCUUCUGAGCUCAAAUCCAUAAUCAACAUGAUGUCCUCUGAAGUACGACUUCAAAGCGCGUUGCAACAACUUCAGAUGCUCUCUCUUAUCAAACGCAGAUCAACUGAAGGAGGAGGAGCAUAUAGCAUACAUGAUCUCACCCAGACUUUGGUUCAAGUGUCUCUUGAAUCGGAAGGUGCUUGUCUCCAAUGGUUCAAAUGCGCAGUCAGAAUGGCUUGCGGAGCUUUUCGUGAGAUCCGAAAUCCUGAUAUGCCCGAGUAUUGGCAUAGAUGUGACGGCUUGAUCUCACAUAUCCUCUCGCUCACGAAGUACGGCGCAUCGGUAGACCCCAGCAACACCGAACUUCUCUCAGCUCGUGGCCACGCAGCUGUGUACUGGUGCAAGCGUGGCAGAUAUCACGAGGCUCGUGAGAUGUAUCAGCAGAUACUGAGUAUCGGGCAUAUUGACGAUACCCAAGCAAUUCAGUGGAAACUGGGCCUCGCAGAAGUCAAUUGGCACCUGAGCGAUCACACUGAGUCUGCAUUGCUGUACGAGCAAGUACGGCGGAUUCGAGAAUCGCAACUUGGAGCUGACCACCCCGAUGUUCUGCAUGUUGUCGAAAAAUUGGCACUUGUGUAUCGGUCACAAGCUCGGUAUGAAGAAGCUCGCUCAAUGCUGGAACAUGUCCUCCAGAGUCGCAGAAAGAGUCUCGGCCAAGAUGACCUUGUCACUGUUCAGGCUGUUGAGAAUCUCGCUCUAACAGUCAACGAAUAUGGGGAAGCCGAAAACAAUCAAGCCCUAUAUCUUGAAGCUGAAAAUCUGCAUAAACUAGCUUUAGGCUAUCGAGAGGCUCAACUGGGUGCAGACCAUCUUGACAGUUUGUGGACGGUUGACAAUCUUGCAACCAACUAUCGAGCUCAAGGCCGACAUCUGGAAGCACUGGAGAUCUACGAAAGAGUCCUCAAGGGACGCACGUCACAACUAGGAGAGGAUCACCCACAGACACUGUGGACAGUCGCCAACCUUGGAUCUACGUAUACUGGUCUAGGUCGCUUUCAGGAAGCUGAGGCCAUGUACAAGCGGGCAGUCGUUGCCAAUGGGAAGCAGUUGGGCCAUGACCAUACGCAAACUCUGUGGGUGGUCGAAGGUCUGGCGGAUGUCUACCGUCAGCAAUCACGGUUCGAAGAAGCGGCAACUUUAUACGACCGAGCGUUACGUGGAAUGCAAGGUCGCGUAGGAUUUGAGCACCCAAGUGUAAUGCGGAUAAUGCACAAGUUGGCGAACCUCUACCGAGACAGCAACGACCUCACAGAGUCAAUUAAGAUGUUUGAAAGCCUUCUAGAGCUUCGUGAAUCAUGGCAAAGAUCUGGCAAUGCAGAAAUGCUUCGAACGUAUCACGACGCAGCCGCCACAUACGUCCGCGUGGGAAUGUAUGCUCAGGCUGAGGAGUGUUACAGGCAAGAGUUUGCCAGAAGUGUUGAGGAGUUGGGAAGUUCUCACGUGGAAACCAGGAAGCGGGAGCGGAAGCUGGCUGACUUCUUGAAAGAUCGGGAAUUGCAGGGCAAAGCAGCCGGUGGUGGCAUGUAG